AACAUAUUAUUAUAAUAUAUAUUAUAUAUUUUUAUAUUGAAAAUGAUUCAAUACACUAUAUUAUAUUUUUAUUAUUAACCGGUACGGCGGACACAACGGUAUCACGUCGCUAUAUACACGAUAGUAAUAAUAAUGUUAUUGUAAAACACGUACUGUACACAUCGAUAUAUUCGUCGGUUACGGGCGGACUUUAUUUUACUUUUUUAUUGUUUUUUUUUUUUUUUCACAAAUCGUUCUUCGCAAAUCAAAAUAAUAAUAUUAUAUACUCUGUCUUCACUUAAACGCCGUACAAAUAUAUUGUAAUACAAUACAUUGUCAUACGCGCCGUUUUACUCGAUUUCUGUUCCAGACGACAUAAUUAUAUAUCGUUUUCAUUAAAAAAAAAAACUCCGGCCACAGUAUAAAAUUAUUCUUUUUUUUUUUUUUUAUUAUUAUUUUUUCAUUUUUUCCGCCGCUAUGUCAAUAUAUUGUACCCGUGGCGUGUACAAUGUAACGCGUACGUAAAAAUAUUAUAAUAUACUACACAUAAUAAUAUUACUACGAUAUCGACCCGAAUGAAGGACCUUAGAAUAAUUACUGUCUUACUCGUUAUUAUCACGCCCGGAGUCGUCGGUACUAGUACGGAAUGCUCAGCGUAUCAAGCUCGGUCCAUUUACUGUUACGAGUGCGACAGCGCCAAGGACCCGCGAUGCAAAGAUCCGUUCAACUACACGGCCAUGCCUCAAGAUCAACCGCCACUGGUCAGCUGCAACGGAUGUUGCGUUAAAAUGGUGCGGUACGUGCGAACGUCAUACGAGAGCAUCAAGAGGACGUGCACGUCGCAACUUCAAAUCAACCUGUUCAUGGUGGACCACGUAUGCAUGAUGGAGGGAACGGGCACGGGACACAUGUGCUUCUGCGAGGAAGACAACUGCAACGCGGCCACCGGACUGGCGCGGUCAUCGGUGUUAGUGUCCGGUGCAGCGGCUUUCGCCAUUCUGCGAUUGCUGUUGCACCGGUAGACUGCUGCAGAUGUGGUCUAGCAGAGUGAUUUCAUCCCAAGUUUAAUUUAUCGACUUUUAUUCCCCCCCCCUCAUACCUACGUUUGUAAAUUUUUAUUUUAUUUUAUUUUUUUUAUCAUUAUAUAAUUUCACAUAGUUCCAUCAACCCAAUAUAAUAUUAUAUAAUAUCAAAACAAUAAAAAUGCCAUUCGUCAGAGUUGGCUAACAGUAAUUUACAAGAGCACUACUGAUGGACGGAAUAAUAACUAUGUCUCGCCUUUGUCGUGAAUGUACAGUUUUUAUUAUUAUUAUUAUUAUUUAUCACAAAUAACUAUUAUUUGCCACCGUCAAAAAACUAAAAUAUAGCAAGCCAGUCAUGAUAUCAGUGUGCCGAUUUUUUAACAGAUAAACAAUAUUUGUACAGACUGUCA